UUGAUCACUCCAUUCCACCACCCGAACCCAAUUCACCCUCUUUCUUUUUUCUCCAAUGUAAUUCAUAACCAUUUUAGCCUUCACCUUUCAGGGACACAUAACAUUCAUUCAACUUGAUUUCUUCACCACCAAACUUCCUUCUUUAUUUUGUUUGCUUGAUCUGCUUCACCUCUUUCUUCAUGGAAAAUAAGUUCUUUAUCAAUGCUGGUGUCCCCCCUCAACUGCAUUUUGAGCCUUCACCACCUCCUUCAAUGCCCACUUGGCAGCAAUCACUUCCAUCUGCCAUGGAUUAUCAAGUAACAGUUUUGAAUUGUUCAUCUGAACAGACCCAAGAUUGCUUUUACACCCCCACAUGGGAAAAGUCAACGGAUCAUGGUCUUCAGUUUGAUUCUGCAAUGAGUUCAAUGGUGUCAUCUCCUGCAGCUUCCAAUUCCAACAUGUCCAAUGAGAACUUUGUUAUCAGGGAACUGAUUGGAAAAUUGGGAAACAUUGGUGGUGGUAACUCUGAUGAGAUCUCACCUCAUUCUCAACCUUUGGUUGGUGCAUCUUCCUACAUCAAUGCCAAUAACAGCACCAAUACUUCAUGUUAUAGCACCCCUUGGAGCUCUCCUCCUAAGGUGAACAUCCCCACAGUGGUGAACCAUUUGGUGAAAGAGAACUUACCCAGUUUGGGUAAUAAUUCAGUGGCCUUGAAUUCCAGUGUGGCAGAAUUCUCAGCUGAUCCUGGGUUUGCAGAAAGGGCUGCAAAGUUUUCUUGCUUUGGAAGUAGAAGUUUCAGUGGCAGGACUAGCCAAUUGGGGCUUAACAAUGCUGAAUUGACUCAGAGAUCUCCUUCAUUGAUGGAAAAUGAGAAGCUUCCUAGAGUCUCAAGUAGUCCAUCACUGAAAGUGCUUGGAUCUCAAAUGGGUACCCAAGAGGAGCACAAGAAUUCUCCAUUGCAGGACCUAAUGGAAGUGGCCAAUUCACAAGAGGAAUCUACAAUCUCUGAGCAAACCCCAAAUGGGGACAGUGGGGUGAAACCUUCCCCUCAUGUGAAUUCCAGGAAAAGAAAAGCUUCUUCCAAAGGAAAAGCCAAAGAAACUUCAGCCUCUACCGUUCCUCACAUGGCUGCAGAAGCUAGUGAAGACUCAAAUGCAAAGCGCAACAAGCCAAAUGAGGGUGAGGGAAAUAAAAAUGCUUCAGUGAAGGCAGAGGAAGAGUCCAAAGGGGGUACUAGUAAUGCAGCUGAUGAGAAACAGAACAAGAGUAACUCAAAACCUCCUGAGCCUAUACAAGAUUACAUUCAUGUUAGAGCAAGAAGAGGUCAAGCUACUGAUAGCCAUAGUCUUGCAGAAAGAGUUCGGAGGGAGAAAAUCAGUGAAAGGAUGAAGCUUCUCCAAGAUCUUGUCCCAGGUUGCAAUAAGGUCACUGGCAAAGCACUUAUGCUUGAUGAAAUUAUAAACUAUGUUCAAUCAUUGCAGCGUCAAGUUGAGUUUUUGUCUAUGAAAUUGGCUUCUGUUAACACCAGGCUGGAUUUUAGUAUAGAGAGUCUAAUCUCAAAAGAUAUAUUUCAAUCAAAUAAUUCUUUGGCACACCCAAUAUUCCCAAUAGAUUCCUCAGGGCCAGCCUUUUAUGGGCAACAGCACCAGCAAAACCCAGUAAUCCACAAUAACAUUCCUAAUGGAACUGUGACCCACAGCUCAGUGGACCCAUUAGAUACUGGUCUAUGCCAAAACCUUGGCACGCAGUUACAUCCCCUAAAUGGGUUUAAUGAAGGGGGCGCUCAGUAUCCAAUGACAUUCUCUGAGGAUGACCUCCACACAAUUGUUCAGAUGGGAUUUGGCCAAACUUCAAAUGGGAAAAGACCAAUACAAUCUCAGAGUUUCAACGGCUCAAAUCAAGUACCCCUAUGAAAAGUUAAGAUCUGAAUCACCAUUCAUUACGCCUGAAUUGAAGCCAAGAGGAAUAGGAAGAGUGCUGCUGUACACAACAAGAAGAGAUUUAAUUCGAACAACCCCAUGAAUUAUUAAGCCAUUAUUAUCACUAGGUCUAAUAGAAACCUCUUUUGUCUUUAUGUUAGCCAUUCCUUUUCCCUUUUCACGAUUUUAAUUUUUAAUCUUCAGGGGCUGUUCUUUUCAUUUUUAUUUUUAUUUUUUUACAACUUU